AUGACCCAAGGGCAGGGGGCAGUUUUUCUUGUGCCGCCAGCGAGGAACAUAAACAAGGGAAUGAAAGGAAGAUUUAAGAAGAGUUAUCGAGAAGAUAGACCAGAGCGAGUUCGAAGGGUUCGAGUACGUGAACCCUCUGCUGAUGUCCCUGGAAGACUGUGUGUGACCAGGGUACGACUGGGGAUACUGCCCCAUCAGGUGAGCCCCAUCCCAAACUCAGUCCAUCAGUCCACCACUUCAUCAGUCUCACUACAGUUCAGUCCAGUUCAUCCUAAGUUCAGUCCGAUACUUCACUCAUUCUUCAGACAAAGCAUUGAAGCUACUUUGAUAACAUUAUCUUUGGAAUAUUCUCUCGAUAGCGGUAUCGUUAUAAAUGGAUACUUCUCUUUGUUGUUUUUUACCGAGAGCCAAGACACGAGGGCUAGGGAGCGCGGAAGAUGA